AUGGAGUGCAGCAAGUGCCGGGACUGGGAGCCACGCGAGACAGCGGGAAAACUCACAGCAGCGCUGCCUUUGCGGAAAAAGCAGGAUCGGGCCCUGAACGAGCAGCUCAGGCCCAGCUCCACCGGGGAUGUGAUGGCCGGGCUGCAAUUUCCCACCGACAGCGCCUGGGACUCGGUGGCCAACAGCGAGAGCUCUCCUGUGGCACGGGGUCCCUUCGGGAUGCUCGCGGGAGACGUAGCUGCAAAAUACAUCUCCCAGUGCAUCGAUGAGAUCAAGCAGGAGCUAAAGCAGGAUAACAUUGCUGUGAAAGCAAAUGCAGUCUGCAAACUCACCUAUUUACAGAUGCUGGGCUACGACAUCAGUUGGGCUGCUUUCAAUAUUAUUGAAGUCAUGAGUGCAUCAAAGUUUACAUUCAAAAGAAUCGGUUACCUAGCUGCCUCUCAGUGCUUUCAUGAAGGGACUGAUGUAAUUAUGUUGACUACUAAUCAGAUCCGAAAGGAUCUGAGUAGCCCUAACCAAUAUGAUACGGGAGUUGCACUGACUGGCUUGUCCUGUUUUGUUACUCCAGAUCUUGCCAGGGACUUGGCAAAUGACAUCAUGACGCUGAUGUCUCAUACAAAGCCUUAUAUCAGGAAGAAGGCAGUGUUAAUUAUGUACAAAGUUUUUUUGAAAUACCCAGAGUCCCUCCGUCCCGCAUUUCCUCGCCUUAAAGAGAAACUUGAAGAUCCAGAUCCUGGUGUGCAGUCUGCUGCAGUAAAUGUGAUUUGUGAGCUGGCUCGACGCAAUCCCAAAAACUACCUUUCCCUUGCUCCACUCUUUUUCAAGUUGAUGACUUCGUCAACUAAUAAUUGGGUUCUCAUUAAAAUUAUUAAACUGUUUGGUGCUCUUACUCCAUUAGAACCUAGGCUGGGAAAAAAAUUGAUUGAGCCUCUGACCAACCUCAUCCAUAGCACCUCAGCCAUGUCUCUCUUAUAUGAAUGUGUGAACACAGUAAUAGCAGUUUUGAUCUCCCUGUCCUCUGGGAUGCCGAAUCACAGCGCGAGCAUCCAGCUUUGUGUUCAGAAAUUAAGGAUAUUGAUAGAAGAUUCUGACCAGAACUUGAAAUACCUGGGACUGUUAGCUAUGUCCAAAAUCCUGAAAACGCAUCCUAAAUCAGUUCAGUCUCACAAGGAUCUCAUUCUCCAGUGUCUGGAUGACAAGGAUGAGUCUAUCCGACUGAGAGCUUUAGACCUCCUCUAUGGCAUGGUGUCAAAGAAGAACUUGAUGGAGAUAGUGAAGAAACUGAUGAUUCACGUGGAUAAAGCAGAAGGGACGACGUACCGGGAUGAGCUCCUGACCAAAAUCAUAGAUAUUUGUAGUCAGUCCAAUUAUCAAUAUAUCACAAACUUUGAAUGGUACAUAAGCAUCUUGGUGGAGUUGACCCGGUUGGAAGGCACGCGGCACGGGCAUCUUAUAGCAGCUCAGAUGUUAGAUGUAGCUAUCAGAGUUAAAGCUAUUCGUAAAUUUGCAGUUUCUCAAAUGGCCAUGCUUCUGGACAAUGCUCAUCUCAUAGCCAGCAACACCCAGAGAAAUGGGAUCUGUGAGGUGCUUUAUGCUGCUGCUUGGAUAUGUGGGGAGUUCUCUGAACACCUCGAGGAAGCAAACCAAACUUUAGAAGCAAUGUUGAGGCCUAAAGUUACAACUCUACCAGGCCACAUCCAGGCGGUUUAUGUCCAGAACAUGGUGAAGCUCUAUGCAUCCAUCCUGCAGCAGAAGGAGCAGUCUGGGGAAAAGGAAGCAGCUCAGGAAAUUACACAGCUGAUGAUCGAUCGUUUGCCUCAGUUUGUGCAGAGCGCAGAUCUAGAAGUUCAGGAGAGAGCUUCUUGCAUCUUACAACUAAUAAAAUAUAUUCAGAAGCUACAGAUAAAAGAAGUACCUGUAGCUGAGGAAGUAACAGCCCUGUUUGCUGGUGAGCUGAACCCUGUGGCUCCUAAAGCACAGAAGAAGGUCCCAGUUCCAGAGGGCUUGGACCUUGAUGCGUGGAUCAAUGAACCUCCGUCAGACAGUGAGUCUGAAGAUGAAAAGCCCAAAACUAUUUUUCAUGAUGAGGAACAAAGGCAUUCCAGACAUAGACAGCCGGAAAUAGAUGAAGAGGAACUGGCCAGACGUCGAGAAGCCCGGAAACAAGAACAGGCAAACAACCCAUUUUAUAUUAAAAGCUCUCCUUCCCCGCAGAAGCGAUACCAAGACACUCCCGGUGUGGAACAUAUACCUGUGGUCCAGAUCGACCUUUCUGUCCCCUUGAAAGUUCCAGGUAAGUGCAGAAUCGGGGAGCAGGACAGAGAUCUGUCCUAUUUCUGGAGAGACAGACAUAAACAGAAACUGGAGAAAGACAAGAAAAAGAAAAAACAGAAAAAGGAGAAGAGAGGUAAACAUCAUCGCCAUAACUCUCUGCACACGGAGAGUGAGGAGGAUAUUGCUCCAGCUCACCACGUGGAUAUCAUAACAGAAGAGAUGCCGGAGAAUGCCUUGCCCAGUGAUGAAGAUGACAAAGAUCCCAACGAUCCAUAUAAGGCACUUGAUAUAGAUCUGGAUAAACCCUUAGCAGACAGUGAGAAGCUGCCAGUGCAGAGACACAGAAAUGUUGAGACCCUGAAGUCACCAGACUCGGAAGCUCCCCUAGCAGAGAAGAAGAGCAAGAAACCCAAAAAGAAGGAAAAGAAACACAAAGAAAAAGAGAGAGACAAAGGAAAGAAGAAAGAGAAAGAGAAAAAAGUAGUAGAGGAGGAGGAAGAAGAAGAAAAAAAGGGGGAUGACUUGGAUUUCUGGCUGUCCACUGCUCCACCACCUGCUUCCACUGCCCAGCCACAGAGCGAGCCUGAAGUGGGUGCUGCUGUUGUGGCUGAACCUCAAGAGGUGAAAAAGGAAGAAAGGGAAGAGCGAGAUGAGGAGGAGGAUGAUGAAGGAAAGAAAUCCUCCAAGCAUAAGAAGAAGAAGCACAAGAAAGAGAAAGAAGAGAAAUCAAAGGAUAAAAAGAAAUCCAAAAAGAAGAGUCAUCACAGUGAGGAGGAGACAGCAGGGUCGGUGCAGAAUGGAACACUAGAUGAUGAACCGCUACCACCUAUGUCCAGUUACCGCCUUCUCGCUGAAAAUCCAUACAUUAAAAUGACCUACGAUAUUCAAGGAAACCUACAGAAUGAUAGUCAAGUUACUGUCUCUGUUAUCUUUGAAAACAAAAGCACUAGCUUCCUGAAGAGCAUGGAACUAAAUGUCCUGGACUCUCUCAACACUAAAAUGCUCCGACCAGAAGGAUCAUCAGUACAUGAUGGGAUACCUGUGCCCUUCCAGCUACCCCCUGGAAUCUCUAAUGAAGCCCAGUUUGUGUUUACACUUCAGAGUAUUGUUAUGGCUCAGAAGUUAAAAGGAACACUGUCCUUUAUAGUCAAAAAUGAUGAAGGUUCAACCCAUGAAAAACUAGAUUUCAAAUUGCACUUCAGUUGUGCUUCAUACUUGAUCACGACGCCUUGCUAUAGUGAUGCGUUUGCCAAGCUCCUAGAGUCUGGAGAUCUGCACAUGAGCUCUAUUAAAGUAGAUGGAAUUAGCAUUGCCUUCCAUCAUCUACUGGCAAAGAUCUGUUUUCAUCAUCAUUUUUCAGUUGUGGAACGCGUUGAUUCGUGUGCAUCCAUGUACAGUCGUUCUAUCCAAGGCCAUCACGUCUGCCUACUGGUAAAAAAGGGAGAGAAUUCUGUAUCCAUAGAUGGAAAAUGUAAUGAUUCUACCCUGCUUAGCAACUUGUUGGAUGAGAUGAAAGAGACAUUGUCCAAGUGCUGAAUAUUCCUUACAAAAUACUCCAGCGACAAGAAACACACCUAACGUGUAAAGAUGAGCAGACCCACGUGUUAAGUUUCUCCCUCGUACGCAUGUACUAUCCUGGGGCACGUGCUUUUCAGUUAACUCCACCAUUGUUUGCAGUUUAGACAUUUUAAGGCUGUAUGUUACCUUUUUAUUUCAAAACUUUUUACAAACUGUGGUGUUAACCCUUUUUAGCCCAAAGAGAUCCUGAUGACAUGACUGGAGGAGGGAGGGAGGGAGGGGUGAGGCGCUAUUUAUUCAGCAGCUC